GUGGUCGCGCCCGCAAGCCGGAUGCGGUGCAUGAUAGGCUGCAGCCAACAGCGACGACAUCUCUAAGCGCUGACACCAGCAGGGAUUCAGUUCAGGUUCCUCCUUGACCAGUCCAACAUGUUGUAUCCUGCAUCGCCGUUCCUCCCUCUCCACAUUGCUUCACUCCGCAGUUCCAGAUCGAGCCAUUAGUCCCCUUCGUUCCGCUUCCUGUGAUAGAAGAGUCGGGUCAGGAUCAGGAGUAUCUCCAACGCUGGCCAGCAGAGAUUCGCAGCGCUUCAUUCACGCCGCGUCCUCGUCUAUCACUAUGAGGCGGUUGUCAAGAUUGCAAGAAGAGAGAGGAGCUCAUCGGUUGCAUCCCCAUUGGUAGCAUAAUACGCCGAACCGAAAGAGCGAAGGUGUUGGCAACGGGCACUGCAGGCGCUCACUUGCAUAGACACAAGGCCUGCGUAUUUCGGGGAAGUUCAAUCAGGGUGUGCUUCUGUUUCAUUGGCCUCCGAGGAUGGAUUCUAUCUCGAAAUGUGUUUGAAGGGAGAAUGCAUGACUGAAUGCGGCGUGGAGGAUGUAGGCUUCGUGCCGUGUGCACAUUGGUUACUGGUGGUCAAGUCUUUGCCGUGCUUUUCUUCAGCGGUAACGGAAGCCAUUCUCUGCAAAGCUGACUUCUAAGCACGAGCAGGACUGAGAGCUCUGCAGAAAAACCGAAUCUCUAGCUUUUACCUACGCAACUUGCUAUUCCUUGUUGUAAAGUACCUAUACUAUGUACUAGGACCCCAGAAUUCAGCCUCGCACGUCGGGAGAUUUUCGGGGAAAUGAUAAAUAUUUUGGUAGAAUGCAAUUCUGCCAGCAACUGAAGCCUGGACAACAUGGUGAGUGCCCCAGUGCAGCUGGGGGUUGACUUGUGAAAAUGAGGACACCGAUCUCAUCACCUACCCUAUGAUUGCCAUGUCCUCAUGGCCGUGACCCUUCCAGGUCGACCAUCUGCGUCGCCGGCUUGCGAAUGCGAAUGCCCACAGUUUAACGAAGAACGGAUGCCCACCAUACCUCUACUCGAACGUAUAAUUUCCCUGUCCAUGACUGACCGCUCUGUCGCAUAUUCUGUCUGAGGAAUCCAGCAACUAUCCACCGCAAUGCCGCAUACCAGUCGCAAGAAAAAGGUCCCGCACAAGAAACGACAAGAGGUGGUAGAUGACGAUGGAUGGACCAGAGUCACCUCUACGAACACUGCGCGCCCAGUUACCCACCACACGAACGCAACCACCAACGGGUCUGUGGUAACCUCUCAGCAUGGUAAUGACGGGGCCGUGGCUGGAAACGGAAGCGUUACAUCCCGACCCAUGAAACCAGCAAAGGGAAUUACCGUGGAAGCCAUGCGGGCGCAGUACGACAAGGUCGAAGCCAAGUGGCUCGAAAGCGAUCUAUGCCGCACACUCCGAGACAACCUACGUCGCAGGAUAGAGGAAACACCUGAUGCUGAUGGACGUACGCAACAGAUCUCAAACUGUGUCAUCUUCGGCUCGGGAAGUUUCUGCGGAGACGAGCUACAUUGGAUCGACCGACACGAGUCGGCGUACUACCAGAUCGCGGCGUUCAAGACAAUGGUGGACACGAUAGAACAAGUCCAAGGGCGGCGACCAGCAUGUUAUGCUCAGGAGCCCUGUUACAACGAUCUCGACGGCGAGUUUCUGGCGAGUGUGAAUGUGACCCGAAUCGAUCAUCCGAAGGGAUUCGAGUUGUUGGACAGGAACUCGGUUGCCUACUCUCCCGCCGCAGAGCGCAACGUCGAACUUGAGAUUAUACUGCACGAUCCCCGGAUAUGGCUCCAUCGGUCGCUCGAUCAUAUUCGUCCGUCGAACAGACCCGUCAGAGACGAAGGAUUGGCCCACCAAGACCCCGUAGGGCUUUUCGUUGAAACUCAUGAAUUCUUACAACUACCAGCAUUGGACGUGAAGAACUUUCCUUUCCACGGUUCCAUGCUAUGGUGGCGGAAAGAUGGUGCCGGUGAAGAAGAAAUCAACUCCUGAGCUUGAAUGCAUAUCAAUCUAUCCUCACUUGGAUCCACCCAACCUCAAAGCCUACAUUGAUUCCCGAGAUCUUCUAUCCGGAUCCAGCAUGGCUUACUUGACCUCCGCACUCUGCAACACUGUGCCGAACGCAUCUCCCAACUCCUUCAACACGGCAUCCGUGACCUCAGACCCAGUGAAGCCAGGAAUGUCGCGGUCGCCAAUGGCAUCGGCCGCCAACACGACAUUGUACCCGAGGUCUGCGCCGGCUCGCGCCGUGGUGCUCACGCAGACAUGCGCCAUGUAUCCGGUCAACACGGUCUUUUUCCCACGCUCACCCAGACUGGACAGGUAAUCGUGCAGAUCCGUGUCUGCAAAGCUCGAGACCUUUUGCUUCUGGAUGACUUUUUCGCCUGGACGGGGCUUCAGCUCGUCGAAUUCCUCGGCCAACGCUGUGCCGGGCGUGAACACUGGUGCGCCGUCGGGCGUCUUAUGCACCACGUGCACAAUGUUCUUGCCGUCCCCGGCCGCUCGGUACCUUUCCAGAAGCGACGCGAUCGCCUUGCGAGUUUGGUCGACGUUGACAGUUUUCAAGUUUCCUUGGGCGUAUCUAGAGAAGAACGAGAAGAUGCGUCAGUUGGAGGUUGCCUUGUUAGAUAGGCAGAGAACAGAAUCACCGAGUUGACGACGAACAGAAGAACAGAAUCAUCAUUGUCACAGAAGCAAGCCCAUCCACGUCCGUGGUAUGGUACCCCCAACAAUUGAGGAUGGGACAGGAACUGCAACUGCAGCAAAAACGCUCUCCCGGCUAUCCGAUGUCCCUCACCCAGGUACCCAUACCAAAUAUAUAUCCCUUCGGGUUCUGGUAUACCCCUUUCACCGGCCAUGAUCUCCGUAUCGGCUUUGCACCGGUACCACAGACAAGAACAUGAGAUGAAUAGACAGGACAAGGUCUUCCAAGAAGUUUAAGUCAGAUAGAGAGGGAUGGGUAACACAGUCCAUAAACACCUGGAGUCACGAAGCAAGGCAAAUUGAUCCCCGACAAGGGUACGCAGGUACCUAUAUUCAAAAGAAAGGGGUGCAGGUAUGCAGUAUUGACAUGCAGUGCACAAUAUGCCCCUCCGCGGUACUAGUACAUACAUAGAUACAUGUCGGUAUGUACCUGUAGAUAAAUAGAAAAGUAUAGUAAGCAGGGUUAGGUAGUUAGUACUCACUCAUUCUGCGCAUCGAUAAUGACCAACGUACUGUCCGCCGGACUCGCCGUCACCCGCGGCGCACCCACCAGGUCCCUGAACGACUUGACUUGUGUUGCGGAGGCCAUGGUAAUCUUAUGCUGAGCGAAGCGAAGUAAGGGUAG